GGAAGACUUAGUCCGCCGUAUUUAUAACGUGAGCCACCAUGGCGGGACUGCUGAAGGAGCGACUGAAGGAGGCAGUAAAGAUCGUGGGGUGUGGUGGUGCCCUCUUCCUGGGCUAUCUCACCAUCAGCGGGGACGAGCACUUCUAUGCGGCCACUCUGAUGCCCGCCUUGCGGAGGCUGGUUGCCCCGGAGACAGCCCACGUCAUGAGCGUGCGCCUUCUUGGCCUCGGGCUGGUGCCCCGAAACCGUUACCAGGAUCCUGCCUCACUGGAGGUGAGCGUGAUGGGUCAGCGGUUCAGGAACCCCGUGGGCAUAGCAGCAGGAUUUGACAAGCAUGCGGAGGCAGUCGAUGCCCUCUACCAGCUGGGCUUUGGCUUCGUGGAGGUGGGCACGGUCACGCCUCAGCCCCAGGAGGGCAACCCCAAGCCCCGCUUGUUUAGACUGGAGGCUGACCAGGCGGUCAUUAACAGAUAUGGGUUCAACAGCUCUGGCAUUUUGGCCGUUUAUGAAAAAUUAAAAGCCAGAGAAGACGUUCAGUCAGAACUCACAAAAGCAGGCAAGCCACUUGGCAUCAACCUCGGCAAGAACAAGCUGUCUACUGACGCCGUGGCCGAUUACCUGGAGGGGGUGCGGGCUCUCGGCCCUCUGGCCGACUACCUGGUGGUGAACGUCAGCAGCCCUAACACCCCUGGCCUCAGAAAUCUACAGGGCAAGGAAGAACUGCACCAUCUGCUGGCCAAGGUCCUGAAAGAGCGAGACUCUCUGCAAGGGACACGACGACCACUAGUAAUGGUAAAGAUUGCACCUGAUCUUUCUGAACAGGACAAGCAGGACAUUGCUGAAGUCAUCACAGAGCUUGACGUGGAUGGUUUAAUAGUCUCCAACACCACCGUGUCCAGACCGGACAGCCUGCAGGACCCCAACAAGACGGAGGCCGGGGGGCUGAGCGGCCUGCCCCUCAGGGAGCUGUCCACACGCACAGUACGGGAGAUGUACGCCCUGACUAAAGGGAAGGUGCCUAUAGUUGGAGUGGGCGGAGUAGCCAGCGGACGAGACGCCCUGGAGAAGAUCCGCGCUGGAGCCUCUCUGGUGCAGCUCUACACAGCACUGGUGUUCCACGGCCAUCCGGUCGUCAGCAAGAUCAAGAGGGAACUGCAUGAGCUCUUAAUGGCACAAGGCUUCAGUAGUGUGUCGGAAGCAGUGGGCGCCGAUCACAGGGCUUGUGAAGGUGGAGCUUCAUCGUACACUCCCGAGAAGGACAUUGCUCGUCCACGUCCUGAUCCCAUGGGAAAGCCAGAAAGCUAGGCUCCAGGGCGGUCUGGAAGGGAAUGACUCUGGCUACAGUUAGAUGCCAACUACCCGAACUGGAACUGACUGUCAUUAGCUGGUCUCGUUUGCUGGUUCGUCACAUAGUCUUGGGCUGAUGUGACUGCAUUCCAUUUUGGUCUUGGUAUAGUGACUGACGGCUACACAGACUUAAAGGAAUACAUCAUCUGCGUAGGUGUCGGGGGGGAUGGUUUUGAUCUAAUGUGACUGCCUGUCUAAACAAUCAGCUCUGCGUUAAUUCAAGUACUGGCUGCAGUAGAGCCUGUUCAGGUGGAAGGGAGAUGACUGGCAGGGAUUUGAGCCUGCUAUAUCAGGAUGCGUCUUAGAAAUGUUCAAAUAAUUUUGAGGUUAUAGAAUUGCUAAGUAAUGUCAGGACUACCUUCUUACCAAAAAAAAAAAAAGACAAAUGUUGAACAAAUAUUAAAUGUGGUUUGUAGUCAUAUAUUACAGCCACAAUUCACAUGGGUACCAAUUAAUUGUGCACACACAUUUCUCUGUUAAGAUAUGAUGUCAUUGUUACUGGUACAUAGAAAUGUAUUUAGAUAAAGUGCAGAACAUUUUAAAGCACAGAAAUGUGUCUAUUCUAAUAAAUUAUGUCUUGCUUAUGUUUCAAAA